GAGAACGGACCUCACCUUGGAGUUACUCGACUACAGCUGAUAAGACUGGACAAAAUCUCAGACGCCAUGGGAAAACUGAAAGCUUUCGACAUUGUAUUUGACGGCUUCAAGAAUGUUUUCUACCCGGGUCAGCAAGUGAGUGGCAAAUGUGCGGUGGACCUCAAGGGCGACAUGAAGCUCAAAGCUUUGCGCGUCUUCAUGCGCGGAGUGGCUAAAGUGCAUUGGACAGAGUCCCGCAGCACGGGAAACAGACUCGGGGCUUACACGGAACAUUACAACGCUGAAAUUGAGUACUUCUUCAAGGGACAAACGCUCUUUGGGUCAGAAGCGGGUGAUGGACGAGACACACUCAAUGAAGGGCAUCACGAGUUCAACUUCUCCUUCCAGCUACCCACAAGUGGGAUUCCGACGUCCUUCGAGGGCAAGUAUGGGAGCAUCCGCUAUUGGCUCAAGGCAGAAGUGGACAAACCAUGGGCCUUCAACCACAAGACCAAGAAAGCAUUCACUGUCAUCUGCCCCACAGAUAUCAACAGAAACGAGUACCUCAUGCCCGUUGAAAACAGUGUGGAAAAGACACUGUGCUGCUGGUGCUGUACAUCUGGACCCAUUUCACUCUAUGCCAGGACAGACCGAAAGGGAUACUGCCCUGGAGAAUCUAUAGCCAUCACGGCAGACUUUGAGAACCUUUCUGGCCGCAUUGUGGUCCCGCAGGCUACCCUACAGCAAACCCAAACUUUCCUGGCUGGAGGAAAAUCUCGGUCGCGCCGCUGCGAGUUCACCCGUGUCACCGGUUUGGCCAUCCAGCCGGGCCGGGCCGCAAACUGGGACGCGCAACUCCUCAAGAUUCCGGCUCUAGCACCAUCCAUCAUCAACUGUUGCCUCAUCCAUGUACAGUAUGCAGUCAGGAUCACAUUACAGAUACCAGGUGCUUACAAUCUAUUUGUCGAUCUUCCUGUGGUCAUUGGAACAGUGCCCCUUCGAUCAAGGCCACCCCACUACCACCCACAGAGGUCACUACUGGGAAAUCUUGGAGAGCAACAUAUCUAUCCACCAGUUCCACCGUACUCACAAGUUGAACCGCCACCCACGUAUGCAGAGUGUAUUGAUGGCUCGGUAGACAUCAGAGACGAAGACGAUGAUGAAGAUGUUGUUGGUGAUACGAGGUUCACUCCCAUGUAUGCCUAUGUUCGAGACUACCUCUACCAGCCUCCACCAGCCUACUCAGAGGUUGACCCCAACCCACGUCACAUUACUACCAGCAGUGAAGAAGCUGAUGCAAGGUAGUGCUGGCUGCAUCUCUCCUUAGAAGGCAUCAUUCUCAGUGCCAAAGUGCAAAUGGUCAACAGGACAAUGGGUUUCAUCCAUGCUGCGUGACACGAACAUAAUUAUCCUGGAAUUGCCAUUGGUGUGUGCCAAAGAGAAAUGCGUACAGGAAUAGUGUACAGCUUAGGGAGACUGUGGUUUGGCUCAACACUGGUUUCCUUCCUUCCUUUUUGUACUUGCUAUGAAUACUUAGGGCAUUGCCGCACUGUUGAGCAUCCAACAUCUAGUUUUUGUUGUCUCAUUGACUGCACGCAAAAGGACGUAUAAAAUCGAAUAUGUUGUUCAUGUCUGCUUUUAAGGUGUGUGUAAUGAGUUGCACUUCUUAAAAUACUGUUCAUGAUAUCGCCGUCAUUUUAACGGGCCCACAACAAGAGGCCAAUUUUCCAAUUUUCUCAACACCUUCUUUCCACUGAGGCAAUGGAUUGCCUAUGAUGAUGUCCGAGAGAUCAAGAAGAGCAUAUCAUUAACUGGUGUUAGAAUGCAGGAAGUUGCUCUUCUCAGUUUCACUUUUCUGUACCUCGUUUUAUGAAACUAAUUAGUGUACUGUGAGCAAGUUUCGUGUUAGUUGCCCAUUAAGGGAGGGCAGUUAAAUUUUUUUUUACCAGUGUGUUCCUUUUUGUACAAAUGCAUUUACUCACUAAGUGACUAUGUACUGUUGGGGACAUUGUUGUCUGAAAUCGGCAACUCGUGGUUUACCUCCUUUCAAAUAUCCAGGUGUGGCAAGACUGUCUCUUUUGAGUAAUAAACAUGUGCGGCAUAUGGUCCACCAUCAAAUACAAUAUUGGCACAACACUUUCAAGUACAACAAAGGUAAUAUGGGCUGCAGGACUACUAACAGGUGACUUGAGACAGCCGUAUCCCCAACAGUACAUAAUACCUCGUGCCAACUUUGGUUCAGUAUUUAAUAGUGGAGAUUGCAUGAAAAGUGUUUUAUGGAAUGAAAAUGUUUCUUUAAAUCGAGGACUAGAAUUUUUCGCAAUAAGAUAGUUGCAACCAAUGGGGGCAUAGCAGUCUGUAACACAUAAUUUUAAAUCGAAAACUACACAAAGGGGACAACAGCACGAGAGGCCUUCCUGUUUCCUUCUGUAGUUUAUCAUUUUAAGAUAAACUGUUAUCAACUAUCCCAGUUUUAUACUAUUCUGUAGCAAAGAAAUUACGUAUGGGGUGCGGAAAAAUUAUGAGCUCACUGAUGACUCAUCGGUUGCAUAAUUCAGGUUGGUUUUUUAAUCAAAGCAACAUAUUUAUAUAUACGCUAAUAAUAUACAUAAUAUAUAGGCAGUACUCAAAAUAAACAAUUCUAUUGCCUCUCUUGGCGUAGAGAUGAGGUGGGAAGGAGUGUCCAUUUUGUUCCCUGCCUUUGUCAAACAAGACUCGAGGGAAUGGCCUUUUCUUAUAAUACUCCUCAGAUAGAGUAAUUGAGAUGGAUGGGUAUUUCCCUUGCACCAGUCUCGCAUUAUAAUUACAUUGGAACACGCAUGGUUUGUUGCCAAAAUGGGCUUCUCCAGGAUCCAUGAAUAUCAAACUGGUGCACACUUGCCAGAUGAGCCCUCUUCAGAGCGUGUCGCUUCAAUUGUCAAUAGCUUCUCGUCUGAAAAGAUGAGCAUCUGAUGAUGGGCGGCACCUCAACACUCUCGCCCUCUUGUUGGCCUCUGAAAGUGCAUGACACUUUUGUUGUUGAUAACUACGGUUACAAUAGUUCUGACUGACUUUUCACUAAUGUGCAGCUCUUUCCUCGUUGAUCAUCUUGGAUCGUGUUUCAACUUGUUCCUUAGCAUUUCAAUGUUGCACCUGAUGAUAGCGGAUAGAGGUUGACCACUCCUCGGACACUCCACAACCCCUCCUGUAAUUGUGAAACGAUUGACUGUCUUCCUCGCAAACCCUGCACGCAUGCCAAGCAUCAUUUCAAUCUUGUGCAUCGAGUAGUCAGAGCAGUGCCACGUUUGGGAUGCGCAACUACCAUGGAUAGCAUAGCUGACAUCCUCAUAGAUUCCAGAGUAAUUGUGAAAUAAGAAGAAGAGGUAUCGAGAAUGUCUGAAACAUUAAAAAUCUCCCGAGAUGUAUGGAAAAGAAUCCUGGUUCAUAAGCGGGACAUACUUUUUCCGCACCUUACAGCGGCAGGAAACCUAGUUGGGCACAUACUGGGGGAAAACAAAGUCAAAAAUGGAGCAACGAGACAUCCGAAAUUUUGGCAGCUGUUAUACAUUAAUAACUCUAUGGAGUACGUGUGGGACUGUGAUGGUGUCUGUAUAUUACAGCCAUUUUGUUUGGACUAAACAAAUGUUACUCGUGGCAACUAGAUGCUACCUGUGGCUAGAAAUUCAACUUUGCUGCGAGUGAAAUGCUGAAAUUCUACCUGCAUAUAGGUACCUUCGGCUCAGGUAUACCAAUCAACUGGAAUAUUCCAAUUUUUCAAAUACUGAAUCAACUUGAUGUUUCUUUCUAAUUAAAUAUAUUGCAAUAGUAAGCUGCGCACGUAAGGACAUAAAAGAAAAUGUCUGCAUACUUGAUAUUUUGAUGUGUAUGAAUAUAUCGCGUAUACACGCUAUACAUGUGCUGCAUGUGUAUCCAGUCCGGUACAGCUAUUGUUUUGUUUCGCAUUCGCUUUGGUUUUAAAACAAUUAUUCAGACAUGCCAGUCUAUACUCUUUUUAUUCUGUGUACUCUCACUUAUACUCAUGUUUACUCUUCUGUUUCUUCAGUACAGGCUCUUGUCAAUGUCAAAAUGAACAAAUGUUGAAACAGAAGGGAUGAGCUUGUUAGUGUUGACGCAACAUACACAAGCACUGAAUGUGAAUCGAGUUGUCAACAAUCAUACAUCAGUAGACGCGAGUCUUUUGUACAAAUGCCCACAUUAUUACAGCUAUAAAAAGCCACAAUUAGGAAGCCCUUUUUCUAUCAUCCAUGCCACGAUAGCAAGAAAGUGCUCCACCAUGUGUUUUGUUCUGCUUGUACAUAUUGUGCCUUUGUGAUGAGUGUAAAACAAACAACCAUGUGUAAAUAUACAUGAUCGCACGUUUUUAUAGUGCUGCCUCCAUUUCUUGUCUUACUCGUAAUAUUGGUGCAGAAAAAUUCAUGUUAUAACAAACGUAGAAAGCAGAUUUUUCAAAAUGUGCGCACACAAUGUUUGGCAAUGGAAAGAGGAAGCUAUUUUUUAACGCGGUUGCCAACUCAAAAUGAAAUUUCCGUCGAGAUCAACGAGGCAUGUGACUUAACUUGUGUUAUCUACUUAACAUUCCUGAAGGCGCAAUUUUGCAGCAUGAGCAAUCUGGGGUGAACGUAAAUUUCUCUUCUAUACGUUUAAUAUUUUCUUUUCUAAAUACCUCGUAUUUAUUGAACGUGACAAACGGAAAAACCACUCCAUUUCACUCUGUAAUUGCCAAAUGCUUUCGUGGUGAAUAUGCUGCUUAGAUGAGGAGAUUGUUUGCACUUUUGAUAUGGUUGUAAAACUGUGGUUGUAUGCAAGGCCCAUUACUCAUUUUGUGGUUCUUGAACACUUUCUGUGCAGGAAUGACUUGUAACUGCAUUACUUGUAUGUUAUGAAACUUGAACAGGAUUUAGUAAAAAUGUAUGGUGUUCUACA